AUGGACUCAAUAAAAUCACCUUUAUUUUUUACUCUUGACUCGAUACACUUUUGUUAUUCUUGUCUUGGCGGUAUACCAGUUAUCACAGUUGGUUCUUGUAACGGAUUGCUUUGCAUGUCUAGUGCAUUGUUGCCCGUGUUUAUGGUUCUCAACCCGUGCACCGGCAUGGAUCUUAAGAUCCCGUAUCCGUAUAUAAGAUACACUUCUACGCAUAUUGUUUCUUUCUAUUCUGGGUUUGGGUUUGAUUCUAUUGACAAUGAUUAUAAGAUUGUACUUAUUUUGGACCGUCAUGUACAAAGAAGGGAUGUUUUGGUUUACAGCUUGAAUAAUAAUGCUAGUAAGUCUUGGAGACUUGUUCAUAGUACAUCAUCUCCUAAAGAAUUACUGAUAGACCAUCGUAAAAAAGCUCAACACCAUCACAGAAAAGGGGUUCUUAUCAAUAAUCAUCUACUUCAUUGGAAGUUUAGUUGUUCUCCUAUUGAGUAUCGAAUUGCUUGUUUCGAUCUCGAAUCCGAAAACUGGGUGAAAGACGUACCAUUACCGGAGUAUUAUCGUGAAACAACGACGAUUAAACAUGAACAGUUGCACAUAAGUGUCCUAGAUUGUUGUUUGUGUCUAUUGAUUAGAAAUCUCAAUGAAAAAGGCUGGGAUUUAUGGGUGAUGAAGGAAUACGGUGUUAAAGAAUCUUGGGUGAAACUCUUUCAAAUUUUGGAUCCGUAUGUUAGUGAUAUGGAUUGGAAGCUUUACUCUUUAGGUUACUAUGGAACUGGAAAAGAUGACAUUUUAUUCAUGAGAGCAGUCGAUGAUCGAGGUAAAAAUGAGCAGAUGAUGAUGAUCAAGGACACACUAGCUAAUUAUGGAUUUGUAGGUAGCGAAUGA